GUUUCGGGGCGGGCCGGUUUGUUACCCGGAUGUAGAAGCCCAUGUGCGUUGCAGUGGAGCUACUUGAAUUGCAGCAGCAGCUUCAGUCCUUGCGUUAGAUCACUCUCUCUCUCUCCUUCAGCCGUUUGCUUCGGUUCCAGUCACAGCUAAAAGAUGCUCCGCCUACCCAGUGUGAUGAGGCAGAUGAGGCCAGUGUGCAGGGCUCUAGCUCCACACCUCACCCGUGCCUAUGCCAAGGAUGUAAAGUUUGGAGCUGAUGCCCGGGCGCUCAUGCUCCAGGGAGUGGACCUGUUGGCAGAUGCUGUGGCGGUCACUAUGGGACCAAAGGGUCGCACAGUUAUCAUUGAGCAGAGCUGGGGCAGCCCAAAGGUCACCAAAGAUGGAGUCACGGUUGCCAAAAGCAUUGACCUUAAAGACAAGUACAAAAACAUCGGCGCCAAGCUGGUGCAGGAUGUGGCUAAUAACACAAACGAGGAGGCGGGUGACGGCACCACCACCGCCACCGUACUGGCACGGGCCAUUGCCAAAGAGGGCUUCGACACCAUCAGCAAAGGUGCCAACCCCGUAGAGAUCCGCAGAGGAGUCAUGCUCGCUGUAGAAACGAUCAUCAACGAGCUCAAGAAGCUCUCCAAACCAGUCACUACACCCGAGGAAAUCGCUCAGGUGGCCACUAUUUCUGCCAACGGAGACAAUGAAGUCGGUGCAAUCAUCUCCAACGCUAUGAAGAAGGUGGGACGUAAAGGAGUGAUCACUGUAAAGGAUGGCAAAACUCUGCAUGAUGAGCUGGAGAUCAUUGAAGGCAUGAAGUUUGACCGUGGAUACAUUUCACCCUACUUUAUCAACACAGCUAAAGGUCAGAAGUGCGAGUUCCAGGAUGCCUACGUGCUUCUGAGUGAGAAGAAAAUCUCCAGCGUCCAGAGCAUCGUGCCAGCCCUGGAGAUUGCCAACCAGCACCGUAAACCACUGGUCAUUGUGGCUGAGGAUGUUGAUGGAGAGGCCCUUAGCACACUUGUCCUCAACAGGUUGAAAGUUGGACUGCAGGUUGUUGCAGUAAAGGCCCCAGGCUUCGGAGACAACAGGAAGAACCAGCUGAAAGACAUGGCAAUUGCAACUGGAGGAGCUGUGUUUGGCGACGAGGCUGUCGGUCUCGCUAUCGAGGAUAUACAGGUGCACGACUUCGGCCGUGUGGGCGAGGUGGUCGUGACCAAGGAUGACACCAUGCUGCUGAAGGGCCGUGGCGACCCAGCUGCCGUUGAGAAGCGUGCUGCCGAGAUCGUCGAGCAGCUAGAGAACACCACCAGCGACUAUGAGAAGGAGAAACUCAACGAGCGCCUGGCCAAGCUCUCUGACGGAGUGGCUGUACUCAAGGUUGGUGGAACGAGCGACGUGGAAGUGAAUGAGAAAAAAGACAGAGUGACUGAUGCUCUGAAUGCCACUAGAGCUGCUGUAGAAGAGGGCAUUGUUCCUGGAGGCGGCUGUGCUCUCCUGCGCUGCAUCCCUGCACUGGACACCAUCAAACCUAUCAAUGAGGACCAGAAGAUUGGUAUCGACAUCAUCCGCAGAGCACUGCGCAUCCCUGCUAUGACCAUUGCUAAGAACGCAGGAGUGGAGGGUUCUCUGGUGGUGGAAAAAAUCUUGCAGAGCAGCCCAGAGACUGGCUAUGACGCCCUUCAUGGUGAAUAUGUCAACAUGGUGGAACGAGGAAUCAUUGACCCUACAAAGGUCGUCAGGACGGCACUACUGGACGCUGCUGGUGUUGCAUCCCUGCUCUCAACGGCAGAGGCUGUGGUCACAGAGCUACCCAAGGAGGAGAAGGAAAUGCCAGGAGGCAUGGGAGGAAUGGGGGGAAUGGGAGGCAUGGGUGGUAUGGGAUUCUAAACUCCGCUACGACAAGUGCCAUACAGACUUUAAGGUAGGGAGGGUGAGGGCAGGGCACACAGGUUGACCCUUCCCUCGCACCUCUUCACUUGCCCAGGAGUGUGACAGUACAGAAGAAAUGGAUGACCCUAUGCCCAAUUCUUCUAUAUAAAAAAAAAAAAAAAAAGGAAAAAAAAAAAAGUCUGAUCUCACCUCUCCACUUGGGGCUGAAGCUGACCUGACCUUGUUGCUCAGAAGACAAACAUCAAGUGACCAGACUCUGCCUGUGUGAUCAGUCCAUACUCAACAUGCUCAGUUUAAUCAGUGGUUAAUACGAAAAGCAGCUGGAAUGCUCUUUUAAUGCAUCGAGUGAAUAGUUUUGCUAAAGCUGGAGUUCUUGUUGCUGAAUGUGAUCACGCUAAAAAAGCUUCGGCACACGAGUUGAAAUCUGCAUUUAAAAUGGAAAACCAGUGUGUUGAGAAACUCGAAGCAGAUGUCAGCAAAUUCCUUUUCUUUGUUUUGUGUUCCAGUUUUGUCUUUUUGUGUGUGUUCAUGUCAUGUUUACACCUGUUCUAAACAUUCAUGUCAUUUAUGACUAUUAAAAGUAUCUCACUGAAGACUUGCAUGCUUGGGGUUGUUCCUGAAAUAAACUAAAUUAAUAAUAAGAGCUGCUUGUAUAGAAUAGCAGACAACACAGCUGAGAGUGUUGAGUGUUUAGAGGCCUAGAUUCUGUGUCACUUGUCUUUGUCUGAUGAGUUUUGGGGGAAGGUUAACGUUUCUUCAGCUGUGACUGGAGCUCUUGGAAAUGGAUAUUGCAUAAACUUGUUGCACAGCAGAUUUAAAGAAACAGUACACGAGCAUAACACAAUGCACGUCCUCCUCAGUAUGUCGAGUGACGGUAUUAAGACUGCUGUUCAGCCUAGAACAACCUUUAUAGUGAAUAAUCCUUCAGUUUAUUUUCCAAGUAAAGAAUGUUACUUUACAAAUAUGUGACAGUAAUCAAAUGUUUUGUACAAUACUUAGUAAUUGUGGGUUUUUUUUAAUUUAAUAAAACAUUAUGUUCCAAAA